ACGUGAGUACUAGUAUCCACUCCACCCUCGUCACCUUGGUGAUUCAACGAAGCGCUCGUACAGCGUACUCUCGUAUGAACGGUACGCGGUUGUCGUUUGACUUUUCGUUGUGCACGAUUGUUUGAUCAAAAUACAACUACUCUUCCAUUUGAAAACUCCCCUUCGUCUUGGGUGGUGGAAUGGCCUUGCACCUCCGAUUGGAUAGAAUCCUUUUGGACAUAUCACAGAUCCAAUUAUAAUACAUAUCCCAGUCCAGUUUCGGAUAUUUAAACACCUGUCCCAGGCAGCACCACGAAUGGAGGAAAACGGAGGGAAAGCUAGCGGAGUGAAACCGAGUGUGUUCGACGACGAAGCAGCUGCUGCCUAUGAAGCCUUGAUGUCGGACAGGAAGUCCCCGGAUAGCAGCAUUGACUCAUUCGGAUCACCUUCGUCACCAACUCCUGUUGACCAGGAGGCAGUGGCAAGUCCAGAAACUACUGUCCUCGUGAGAGUGGAACAUUCACCUGAAAGUGGCCAGCAUGCUGUAGUCGAUGCUGAUCUCACUGCUGCUGCUGCUUCUCAAGGAAGUGAGUCCAGCUUGAACUUCCGUCCCACUGCGACUGAUGUUGCUGAUGCUACGGAAGCAGACGGAGGCGAAGAAACAGAUGGCGUGGCCGGCAUGGCACGUCUCUCGCCUUAUGCUGUGAAGAAGAAGUCACGUAUGGUGAUUGUAUACAGCUCAGCCAGUGUCACACAGCAGCGCUCUGAUUUGGUUUCUGGACUUCUCGGGGAACUCCCUGAUGUGUUCUCUUCACCACAAGCAGUGUGCACUGCACUGCACAAUGCGACUUACUACAGUGGUGGCCACCCGUGCACCAAUAUCACAUCAGAGGUGUUCAGAGAGCGUCAGCAGAGCGGUGAUUUCUUCGUCACCUACCAGAUGCAGAUGCGUCAGCCGCAGGGAGCACCGGUGAGUGUGGCAACCUCGCCGUCAGCUUCGUCCGUCGGAAGUGCACAUGGCAGCGGGAGUGGUUCACCGGCUGUGACGUCACCAACACAAGACGGCGGCGAACAGCCACGUCGCCGACGCCAGCUGCCAUCCGUACCACCAGCAGGAACGCCGACAAGCCCCGGAGCUCCGGCGUCACCAUGCUCCAACGGCUCAGCAUCAACGAAGACUCCACCGCCGGUCCAGGUGGGUAUCUCCAAAGACAGUGUCGAUGGCGUACGGUCACGAGGCCUGUGCAUGCUGCUCUCCUUGGAAACUGCAGGCGCUCUAACUGCAAGCAAGAGUCGCGGUGACGCCUAUGACAUUGGUUUUGUCUAUCUGGCGAAAGAUGAAGAAUCAUCCGAGCCGUUCUCCCCUGAGCAUCCUGUCAUUGUGAUGCGCGACGGCGAUGAUUCAGCUCUUCAGUUUCGUAAUGUUGUCUUGGUUUCUGCUGGUCAGGUGCAUACCAACAGUAAGACACUAUCACCGAGCACAGCAUCAAGAGUAGAACUCCAAGCACGGACAGAAUGGGAGACUGUUGCCACUGUACCGCUGUCAAUGGGCGCAAAUGCAGACAGUUCGUUCGCAGAGUCGCGGCCACAGUCCGUCGUCAGCAUUGCUUUUGCCGAAGCAUUGGCAUACUUUCAAUCACGCCAUCAGACCCUUCAGCAAAAGCAUGGAGUCUUCCAGCAGCUGAAAAAGCCAGGCCUGUUCGCAACCAAGUUGCGGCCGUCCCUUGUGUGUGAGAGGGAUCUUGUCUACGUGAUUGCCAAUACUCCAUUCGACAACAGCGAACCCACCCACUUCCGUAUCCUAUUGACUAUCUACAAGAAGCUGACAGGCGAUGUCAUUGACUGUCCCCGGUUUGGCAGCCACUGGCAGUCCAUAGGGUUUCAGGGCACCGACCCUGCCACUGACCUGCGUGCUGCAGGUCUGCUGAGCCUUGUACACAUGCUACACCUACUGACCAACUCAGAGCUACUGCCACUGGCUAUGAAAGUUUAUCGCCUGUCCAACCAUGAGGUGCAGAACUUCCCGUUUGCGGUGCUGUCAAUCAACUUGACUCUGAUGGCGCUGCAGUCUCUGGAGCAAGGGCCUAUCAGCAGGCUAUGUAACAAGCGGCAGCAGGUGAUCUCCACACUGAAUGACAUAUACGCUGCAUGCAUGUUUCGCCUCUACAAUACAUGGAAAUCUGGCCGUAAGACGAUUGUGGAUUCGGAGCAGGUUCUUGGUGAACUCCGACUGCAGCUUGCCAACCAUCCCAGGCAGCUUCUCUCCGACCUGGAGAAGCAUCAGGAGAAAAUGAGAGAGGAGUUCUCUCAGCGGCGCACAUCCACCCAGCUGUAAUCUGGGCUACACUUGUGCAAAAUGCGACACACCGACUUGCUUCUCGAUCUGCUGUGAUAUGGUGCCAUGGCCCUGUCCUAUUCAAUACUGGGGUACGCACUCAAGCCAGUGAAUGACAAUCAUCCAGUCAUUUUUUAUUAUUGAACACUCACUGCAUGAUGAACUAAAAUGACAAGGAGAACUCGACACAAUGGUACAUAUCCAGCAGGACGGAGUGGGUGGGACCUGUGAAGCUCAGCCGACCAAGGGUCUCGGCAUCACAGCUGCACAUGUGUCGCCUACACUAGAGACUACAGAAAAAGUAAUCGAAUCAUGGUGUAUCAGUUUUAGGACUGCAGUCAGCCCUGGCCAAAGCAUUCACUCCGGACUGUCCACCUGAAUCACACACUGUCCUCUUCAAUUCAAGACCUCUUCUUCAGUGAUUAGCGAUAGUUACUCGUUCUAUUGUUUGGUGAAUCUUUCAUCCAUUUAAUUUUUUUUGUCCCUGUCCAAAUUUCCUGGCUUCGGCUUGGACUUACAUGUAUAUCCAGUGCCAUUCUUAUUUGCUUUGCUGACGAGUCAUAUAGUUAUACGGAGUCCAGUAGUCUUGGCACGUUUUGAAAAAAAAUGAUUUAUUGGCCUAACUCCACCUGCUUCCAACGGUUUGUUUCUGAGUAUAUUUAUAAAUACCUGUUUUUAUCAAGUACCAGCACAUCAAUGCUCGCAGUUUGUUCCUUUCGUGCUUCGAGCAAAUAUAUUGGAGAGUUUUUUUUUAAUUAUUAUAGACUGACCUGAUUUUUAUGUAAAACUGCAACCACUAAACACAGAAUGAGCGUAACCAUGGUGACCAUGGUGCUUGCAUGCAAGUACGAGUCAUGUGUUAUCAUGUUAUUUUUAAUCUUUUUAUGUGACAUCGAUUUUCUGAUCAAUGCUGGACCGCAAUCAGAUUGUGCGCUAUUUUUUUUUAAUCUAGUUUGCCACGUUUAGGGCGAGUUUUAUCACAACAGCUUCUCAAUUGGAGUAUUUUGGAAUUAAAAUUCCACUCAUUAUUCAUCUUCUGAAAGUGGACCGCUGCGCUGUUUUUAUUGUCUUUAGAAAAGAGAACUUCUUUCUCCAACCGAUUCUGCUUCCCUCGAUCUAUGGCUAUGGCGAGUCUAAGAGAUUAUUUACGGUUAACAGUUAAUCCGCUGUCUUCAAUUGAAAAAUAUUUAAAAAGAGUCUCAUGCCAGUGAAUAUUCAAAGAUGUGGAA